AUGUCGGCGAGAUUGAUAAAGCUGCGUUUUUACUACAAUGCAGAACCGAUUCUCAGUCGAGAAGUGACAUUUCAGAAGCUUGAUAAGAUCGAGAAAACCAAAACAAUUGAAAAACCCGCGGAAUUUGCAAAGACUGGUGUUGCUGCGGUGCCUGUUGAGAAAGAUGAUGUUGGCAUAGUAGUUGUUAAGAAUGGUGUUCCUGCGGUGCCUGUUGAGAAAGAUGAUGUUGACGUAGUAGUUGUUAAGAAUGACGUUAUCGUAGUGGUUAUUGAAAAAGAUGUUCCUGUAGUCGGUGCUAAAAUAGUUGUUCCUACAGUUGGUACUGCAUCAUUCAUUGGUCGAAUUGAACAAUUACUUGUUGUGAAUGUAAAAUCAUCAAUUGAUAUAUCGCCCUAG